AUUUAUAUGGCUUGAAUAAUGUUAAUGUGCUGAAGUGUGUAAGACCUAUUUUGUCAAAAUAGUAACAAAUUAACAAAUCAGAUCAACCAAAGAUCACAGUGACAGUGAAGGGUGGGCUGAAUCUUCUUUGUUUGCUCUAAGUCAACAUUUAGAGGUCAACAUACAGCAGAAAAGAUAAGACAAAGAUACAGAACUAACUGAGCUAAACUUCCACCCUCUCAUAUUGUUUUUAACAAAAAGGUUCAAAAAAUAAAAUGUAGUCUCUGUCCUCUGUCGCACCAGAAUGGAUGGAUGGAUAGAUAGAUACUGUAGAUAGAUAGAUAGGUAGAUGGAUAGACAGUUAGCAAAAUGGUUCAAGCAUGUCUUUGAACCUAGAGUGGUUGUAACAUCAUCCUGUGUGUCACUGUCAGUGACCCCUCAUUGUGGGUUCCAUAACUGUUUAUACAUAAACACUGCAGUUGAACCUUUUCUGUUUAACUCAGCAGAGCCAACUCAGCUAAACCGUCUCAUGAAACCAAAGUAGUUUUCUCCAAAUAACGCUUUUCUUGGAAAAAUGUUCUAAACAUGACGACGAUGAUGCAAGAGUUGUAAGGGGCAAACAAAACAACAUUUAUACCUCUACAGAAAAAGUCAUAGAGAUGUCAAACCAAUUUCACACACACAGCAGGUCAUCUUGCCCUUAACUGGAUGUCAGUAAUGAUUAUAUACUUUCUUUAAGUAUAUUAGUAUCAGUGUUAAUUAUUUAUUUUCUUUUUUAAUUAGUAAAAUACUUAGGUUUAUAAUGAGAAAAUAAACCUAUUGUAUUAGCUGCUUGCACUGUAGUAUUAUAUAUAACUUACAUUUUUUUAAAAACAUACUGUGUUUUUUAUGGGGUUGUAUUGAUUUGAUUUUGUAUUUUGUGGGGUCCCGAGUGGGGUAACUUCUUUAAGUGGAAUUGUCAAAAUGGACAAUGUAACCAAGGGCAGUAGGGCACACAAAAAAGACUCACCUUGACCUUUACACAUUCACACACAUCACUGAGUUGAAAUGUUGUUGGUAACUCUCAUGAUAAAGUAUCUACACUCCUAGUUUCUCUAUGGACUUCGGCGUAGGCAUUCUGCUUAUGUUUUAAUAUUCUAAUAUUCCAUAUAAAACUAAAUUGUUAUUCUUAGAGAAUGACUCAUUUUGGUUUCUCUGCAGUGCUGGGAACAGGAAGGAUGCUGACUGGACAAAACUGUCUAAAAGAUAAGACAAGAUACUGGCGGCAGGAUAGUGGUGAUGUACAUGGAGCUCGGUUGCUUCGUGUGCUGUCUGUGCGGCUGGAUCCUGGUCUGUUCCACUCUUCCCACAGAGUACUGGACGUUCUCUGAGGUGGGCAGCGUUGUGAUGACCACCUCCAACUACUACUCCAACCUGUGGAGGGACUGCAUCUCUGACACCACAGGGGUCUCCGAUUGCAAGGACUACCCGUCCAUGCUGGCCCUGCCAGUGUUCUUGCAUGGCUGCAGGGCACUGGCAAUCUGCUCCGUCAUCACUGGCUUUUUCGGAGGUGUUCUCACACUCAUCGGAAUGAAGUGCACUAAAAUUGGAGGGUCGGAGAUCGCAAACGCCAGAGUUACCUUCUCUGGGGGGUUAACCUACCUGGUCUCUGGGUUCUGUGGCAUGAUCACGUACUCCUGGUGGGGGAACAAGGUGGUAAGAGAGUACCUGGAUCCUACUUUUACAGCUCAAAAGUUUGAAAUUGGAGCAGGUGUUUUUGUUGGUUGGGGAGGCUCCACCCUCCUGAUGUGUGGAUCAGCAGUGUUGAGUUUCUUCGCUGGAAGAGAAGUUCUACCAUCCAGUUCCCCAAAGAAGCAUUAUAGACCACACACCUAUGUCACUGCCAAGACCAGACGGACCUACAUGCUGCCGCCCACGUCCUCCAGAGUGACCCUUGUUCCUCCGCUGUUUUACGAAGGCAGACGGAGCCGAGAUCCCAGAGUGACUCCCAGAAGCAGCCGACCCAACUUCAGCAGGGACAGCUUUGUCUGAGCCCACACUUUCAGUGCAGGAAGGGAACUUUAAAGACGGGGACUAAACUGGCUUUUAUUUUUAGAAAACCACGUCUUUGAAAACAUUUCAGUUCUUGUUCCAAAGUACAUUAAGAAAAACUUAAAUUUUACCUCAGCGCAGGGCGGGAACAGAGCUACAGUGGUGCCAUGUGUACUUAAAUCACUGAUUUUCUUUAUGUACUCAAGUCAAGUAAGUGGUUUAGCAACAACAGAUUCUACAUUUAUGAAUAGAAGCCAACGAUGAUAACAGUGAGAUGUUGUUAAAUUAUAGACGAAUGUACAUUCUUUUAUUUCUAUAACAUACGUAUGUUUUCUUCAAAUAAAGCUGUAUUUCUAACAAUU